AUGAGUUCUGAGAAUUACAAGGAUUUUUCAUCGUCAUCCUGUUCCACAAGUAAUCCUGAUAACCAGAUUGACAACGAUUCAGACGAUGAAUCACCAGUUUCAGUACAAACAAAUAAUUCUCCAGAAAACCCACCAAAUCAAUUCCAUUCAAAUAAUCCAUUCAGAUCUUCUGCAUCAGCAAUAUCGGAAUCGUCUCAUGAAUCAACACCUGUAUCACAACCACCACCACCACCGAAACGACAACCAGAACCGCAACAUUUGCGCACAAAGAUCCCAAAUCAAGAAUUAUUAAAGUAUCCUUUUAAAACCUUGAAUAGAAUAUUGGAUGAUUUGAAAUGGACAGUUCCCGUGAAGGAAAUGUACAACUUCAGCUUGUUGAAUAGUAAGCCAAUUGACUAUUCUGAAGAGCUAAGUAGAGUGGUCGAUUCAUCUAUUUUACCAUUUGAUACGUUGAUUCUCAACAAUGAUGUCGAUUAUUGCAAAUCCGUUGAGAAAUUGGAAUUUCCUGACACACAACAAGUAUUGUAUAUCAUGAGAGGAUUAUUACUGGAUAAAAAAAAGAAAGUUUAUCACUUUCGAAUUCUUGCUCUCGAAACAAAUUCAAACCCUUUUGUUACUAAGAUUAUCGACAAGCAUAAUUAUCAUGUGAUUCCAAAAAGCAGAGUUUCGGAUCAUGACUUGAAGUUGUUGCAAGAUGAUUCGAACGAAUUUGAGAGUAUUAUUGAUGACAGUUUUUAUAGGAGUUUGAACUCGCCAAAUGGUCAAAUUUUAAGGGUGACUUUGUUUGACCUGGAAUUUUCUAAAGAAGAUUUAAUUCCUUUGACUGACGAAAAGAUAAUCAAAGAAAGAUACUUGGAGGGUGUUGAAAGGCAUCCUAAUUUGUCUCCUGAAACAAUCCCAAAUUCUACUCAUUGCAUUAAAACCUUGAUCAAAGUAUUGAAAGGUCCUGUUAUGUUGAAAUCACUGGAUAUUAUUAAAACCAUUAGUCUCAAGAACACAGUGAUGGACGCACAGAUUGAUGUUAAUUUGUUAUUUGAUAAAUUGUCAUUCACUCUGAAUGGUGACGAGGUUGUUCCUCCUAAUUUGAACGAGUCCCAUGGAUUAAGAGAAUCGUAUAUUAGAAAAAUUCUAGAGUUGAUUUAUUUUGCAAAGAAUCUUCUGGUAUCUUCCAAUGAAUUCCAAAGUCAGUAUUCAUUUUCAGAGAAUAUGUCACAAAUUUUCAAUACUAUUGUCGAAUUUGACAAACACACCAGUGUUACCAACUUCAGUAGCAAUUAUUCAAACAGGUUCCCAUUCUUCAUCAACCUUAGUGCAUCUGCUUACUUUCCGGAUGAAUUAAUCAUAAAAUGCUUCGAGUUAACAGUACAAUCAGAUAGAGCUAAUAGUCUUUACUAUGUCGAUUCUUUGAAGCAGAUUCGUAAUUUCCGCCACAGUAGCAGCAACGGGUAUUCCAAUACCAAACUUGAUAGCUAUUUUAGGCAACAUGAGUUGAUUGGAUUUAGUGAUUACCUUGAAUCCAUGAAGAUUAUAGGGUUGGCAGUUGAAAAUAACGACAUUGACUCAAUCGAUGACGACGUGAUUAUUGCCAUGUACCGAACACAAAUUAAGAAUGAUUCAAGAAACUAUCAAUAUUUCAAUGAUCAUUUGAGAAAAAUUGCUAAAAUCAAAAAUUCCGAGAAACUCACAGACUUCAUACAUGAAGAGUUGUUGCCUGAGAGUUUAGCACUUGAGGAGUUAUCUAUUGAAGAAAUAACUGAAGAUGACGUGGUUAUAACUGCAUACGAAUUCAAAUUGGAUGAUCUUUUGCAACGCAAUGGAUUUAAUACUGAGUCCAAUGAGGUUGUGUUGUUAAAUAAAGCUUUGUUAUCGGUAGCAGUUUAUCGAAAGAGUUUUAUCUUAUUGAAUUAUUUGGAAACCAAAUUGCCUGAUUGCGUGAAAAUACCAGCAAUGGAUGAUCUUACUAUUCACAAGGCCUAUGAAUUACUUGGAAUCAACAAUAAAGCCAACGAAUCGGAGAUUAUUAAUGCAUUCCAGACAAAAUCAGUUAAGGAAUCGGAUGUACGGUUGUUAAGAAGUGCAUUCCGUUUAAUCGCAGAAUUUAAAAAAUCAGAAAUCCUAUUUAGUUUUAUCAAAACAGGUAAAAUUGAUACAUCUUUGUUACCUGCUGAAAAUUGGCCAGCAGGUUUGGAUAAUAUUGGGAAUACUUGUUAUUUAAAUUCAUUGUUACAAUAUUACUUCUGUAUCAAACCGUUAAGAGAUUUAAUUUUGACUUUCAAUGAAAAUGAUUACAAAUCAGAUGAUUAUUCUGAAGAUAGAAAAGUUGGGGGUAGAAAAGUUGAGAAAUCUGAAGUUCAAAGAUCGAGCCAAUUUAUUUACCAAUUACGUCGUUUGUUUGAAGAAAUGAUUUAUAGUAAUCAAAGAUGUGUUGAACCAAACAAAGAACUAGCAUACUUAUCUUUCCUUCCAUUAUCGCAACCAGUCAACUUUAGACAACAUGAAAAAUCAACAAAGAGUACCGAGGCAACAGAAGCUAAUGUAAUUGAAGUCAAGAUUGAUGAGGAUGAUGACAAUAAUUUAAUUAUUGAGCAUAAAGAAGAGCAAACAGGUUUACCAUCAGCAGCAGAUGAUACUGGCAAUGCCAACGAUGUUACAAUGAUUGAUGAAGAAACUGAGCCUGUUACCAAUGCUGGUGGUUCAUAUGACGAUGCAAUUCUUGUUGACAUGGGCGAGGGUACUCCUCAACCACCAACAUUACCACCCCGUGAACAAAACGGUGACAAUAACGAUGAUGUUGACGAUGAUGACGAAGAAUUGGAAACUCCGGGUACUUCUAGUGACGAUGAUCAUAAUCUUUCACUUCCAAAAAUACUACCAAUUCUGACUGAUCAAAUAGAAAGCACAAUCGAGGUUGGUAGACAACAAGAUGUUACUGAAUGUAUUGAAAAUGUUAUCUACCAAAUUGAAACAGCGUUGCCACCAGAAUCUUUGGAUAAAGAUGGAGAACAAUAUGAUUUGAUUAAGAAAUUGUUUUAUGGUAAAACAAAGCAAACAAUUACUCCAUUAGACAAGUCCUUGAAGAGUCGUGUUUCCUUUGAAAGAUUUUUUAGUUUGAUUAUUAAUGUUAGUGAUCAUCCAAAGAGUAUUUAUGAUGCAUUAGAUUAUUAUUUCAAUGAUGAUAUUGUGAAGUUAGAAGAAGGAUUAGUUAAAAAGAGUAUAACUAUUCUGGAAUUGCCACAAAUUCUUCAAUUCCAUGUACAGAGAGUUAUGUUUGAUAGAGAGAGACUAAUGGCAUAUAAAUCCAUUGAACCAAUUCCGUUCAGUGAUAAGAUUUAUUUGGAUAGAUAUUUAGACACUGAUGAUGAAGAAAUUCUUAGCAAGAGAAACCAAGUGUUUGAAUGGAAAAAAGAAAUUAAACAAUUACAAGAUGAAAAGGCUAAAUUAUUGAAAACCGAUGAAGACACUUCUUUGAAUAUAAUUGAUAAUUUGAAAAUCACAAAGAAAUAUCUUGAAAAAAGAAUCAUUCUUGAUGAUUCAUUAAGUAUUGAUUUAACAACCAUUCAAAUUAUUCAACUGGAAAUUGAUAAUUUAUCAUCUAAAUUACUUACAAUAGAUUCUCAAAUUGAAAAGAUUAAUCAUCUGAUAAAUAAUCAAUUUACAGAUUACAAAGAGGUUUGUUAUGAUAUAUUUGCAAUUUUCAUUCAUAGAGGAGAAGCAAGUUAUGGACAUUAUUGGAUUUAUAUUAAAGAUCCCCAUAAUAGGGAUAUUUUCAGAAAAUAUAAUGAUGAAAUUGUUACUGAAGUUCCAAGUAGUGAAGUUUUCAAUUUCUUAGAAACCAAUACGGCUACUCCUUAUUACAUUGUUUAUGUUAAAGAUGAAUUAGAAUUGAAUUAUAUAGAGCCAUUAAAGAGAGAAAUCAAACAAACUUGA